GAUUUCUAAUCCUUCUCUUUUGUCCAGAUUAGCUGCCGCCAAGUCUCACAACUCUGUGAACAAGUCUCACAACUCUCAACUACCACCAAACUCUCAAUGACGCCAAAUUUUAUUUAUUUAUUUAUUUAUUUCAUUAAAGCCGAUCAGAGAUCUCCUCCGCCUCUAAUUUCUCCUCCAUUUGUCUUUUGCAUUUACAGUUCUUUAAUUUUCUGUAACAAAUGAAACCUUCGUCUUCAUCUUCUGGUUCAAUGAAAGUUUCGCCGCUCGAUCUGAUGGCGUAGAUCCGGUUCUCAGAAACCUAAGCAAAUCACUCCUCCUAAGCCUCUGAUUGUUAAAGAUCGUGAAGAUGAAGUUGACGAUGGAAAGAAAAAAGUCACUAUCUUCUUCGGUACUCAAACCGGCACCGCCGAAGGCUUCGCCAAGGUUGCGAAGGUUGUUGUUGAAAUCCUUACUGAGCAGGGUGUAUGAACAUAUCAAAGCACCGUUGUUGACCCUUGUUAGUUCAGGAAGCCCAGAACAGUCUUAUGCAGUUUUAAGUCAUCUACAUCUCUUGGUUAUGCGAGCACCUUAUGUGUUCUCCUCAGACUACAAACAUUUCUACUGCCAGUAUAAUGAACCAUCUUAUGUCAAACGAUUGAAGCUUGAAAUGUUGACUGCAGUGACAAGUGAGAGCAAUAGUUAUGAGAUAGUCACUGAGUUAUGUGAGUAUGCUGCAAAUGUUGAUAUCCCAAUUGCCCGAGAGUCAAUCAGAGCCGUUGGCAAAAUAACACUACUGCAGUAUGAUGUUAAUGCAAUUGUUGACAGACUUCUUCAAUUUCUUGAAAUGGAGAAAGACUACGUAACUACUGAAGCUUUGGUGCUUGUGAAAGAUCUUCUUAGAAAAUAUCCUCAGUGGAGCCAUGAUUGCAUUGCAGUGGUUGGGAACAUAAGCAGCAAAAAUUUACAGGAACCAAAAGCCAAGGCAGCUCUUAUAUGGAUGUUGGGGGAAUAUUAUCAGGAUAUGCAAGAUGCUCCUUAUGUUUUGGAGAGUUUAGUUGAAAACUGGGAUGAGGAGCAUUCUGCUGAGGACAUCGAUUAGAGUCACGAAUUGAAUGCAGUAGCCGUUGUGGCUUGGUUAGAAUUUCGACUCGGAUUAGGCCAUGGGAACUUGGCUUGCAAUCACAACCUAGUGUAGGAAGAAGUAGAAAACAAUCUUCAUCCAUUGCAUGCACCGCAACUGUUUUGGUACGUUUUGUCGCCAUAACUAAUCGCUUACUUUUAUUUUUACAGAAGAAAUUGAGAAUUGUUGCUCAUCUUUUUGUCAAUGUAAACGGUAUUGGUUUUUUUCUCUAACCUUAGCACAGUUGAUGUGAGCUAUGUUAGUAGCCGCUCAUGGUAUUUCCUCAAUUUGUUUGGUUUGAGGGGUUUAUCUAAUCUGAUUCUGGGAGAGGAAAAUGCAAUGGAUGAUACACAGCGAAUGAUGCAGAUGGUCUUGACAUAGUCCAACAUGAAUGGGCACUCCCUAAAUUCGAGCAUCGGGCCGAAGCAGUAUUGAAAAACCUCGUCAGCUGAACAUCGGGAGCGCAUAAACAGCUGUCAAAAGGGGGUAGUUCGAUUGAAGUUUUCAUCUUACAAGCUUUUCAAUGGAUAUAUGUGAUUGAAGCUGUCCUAUUUGUUUAAUGAUAUACCUAAAGGGGGAUGUAUGAUUUCAAUUGCAAGGCUAACAAUUGAAACAAUCUUUCCAUGCUUUGAACUUGAUUGACUGUGAUUCCUUUGCUGUUACUUUAGCUUGAUUUUUUUAUGGAUAUAUGUAAAUGAUAAAUCAUGAUAAUUAUCAUCUUACUGCACGACCAUGAGCAUGGAAAACUAGGAGAUUGGUGGUUUAGGGAGAAAAUGAGUUUGAGUAGAUUUCUUUAUGCUAUUUUAUGUAUCUAGUUUGUGAAACUUUGGUGGUGUUUGAAUUGUUUUUUGUAUAGUACUAAACUUGUUGAAUUAUAAUUUAAUUUCUUUUCAUUUA